AUGGGCAGAUCUUCUGUUCGUCGUUUUAAGCAAUUAAUUCAUUUACAUAGUAUUUCUGUUCUUGUUCUUCUUGAACCAUUGGCGAAGGCAUCUAGCAUUGAAGUUCUUCGUAUAAAACUCUCUUUUGAUUUUUGUUUCUUUAAUGUAUCUAAUAAAAUUUGGGUCCUUUGGAGGUCUGCUUUUCAUUUUAAUGGUCUUCAUAAUUACGAACAAUGGCUUCAUGUUAUGGUGGUGCAUGAUUCUUGGGCUCAUAUGGUGAAUGCUACUUUUGUCUAUGCAAAAUGUUCAAGGUUUGAAAGGCGGAUUUUGUGGUCAGAGCUAGGAUAUAUUGCUGAAACAAUCACAAGGCCAUGGCUAGUGGGUGGGGAUUUCAAUAUGAUAACUUAUGUUAUAGAAUAUGUAGGAAGAGUUGCUCAAGAUUUGGGAGCAAUUGCUAAUCUUAACGCUACAAUCUCAAACUGUUGCCUUCAAGAAUUACCUUUUUCAGGGUAUGGUAUGUAUUCUUUGGCUUUCACGUUAAAGAGGCUGAAAAGCUGUUUAAAGGAUCGGAACAAGCAACAUUUUGGUGACAUCUUUAAAGCUGUUAAGCAAAAUGAGUUGGAAGUUCAGCAAAAGGAAAUUCAAUAUGAAACAUUGCAUACGAUAGAGGCAAGAAGUGAACUACAUCGUGCUCAAGCUCAACUGCUAUUAAGCUUAAAAAAUCAGGAGGAGUUUCGGCGUCAAAAGGCAAGAAUGAAGUGGUUAAAAGAUGGUGACAGUAACACAAGUUUCUUUCAUGCAUCAGCUUGA